AUGAUCAAGUUUAUCCUCAUGGUGAAUAAGCAGGGCCAAACCCGCCUGGCGCAGUACUACGACUAUCUCACGGUGCGUGAGCGUGUGACCCUCGAGGGAGAGUUGAUCCGCAAGUGCUUGUCCAGGAGUGAGAACCAGUGCUCCUUCGUCGAGUACCGGCAGUACCGCGUAGUGUACAGGCGAUACGCAUCCCUGUAUUUUAUCAUAGGCACCGACAGCGAAUCGGACAUGAACGAGUUGGCCGUCCUCGAGUUCAUCCACACGCUGGUCGAGACAUUGGACAAAUAUGUUGAAAACGUGUGCGAGUUGGACAUCAUGUUCAAUUUGGAGAAGGCCCACAUUAUUCUCGACGAGAUGGUGCUCGACGGCUGCAUCAUUGACACGAACAAGGCAGCUUGUUUGAACCCGCUGUAUCUGCUGGAGAAGCACUCCGCGUGA